AGACAACUAAAGUCAUCACGACGUUGGUGUUCGGUCGUGAUGUUGGAGGGCGGCCGUGCACGGCCGCUAGUCCGCGUUCCGGCUAGUACUUAGCGACGCACACUCGCAAUCCCACGUCAACACCGCAAACAUGGGUAAAGGAAAGCCAAGAGGUCUCAACGCCGCGCGCAAGCUGCGCAACCACCGCCGCGAGGAGCGCUGGGCCGAUCUGUCCUUCAAGAAGCGCCUGUUGGGCACCGCGUUCAAGUCGUCGCCGUUCGGUGGCUCCUCCCACGCCAAGGGCAUCGUCCUCGAGAAGGUCGGUGUCGAGGCCAAGCAGCCCAACUCGGCCAUCCGAAAGUGCGUCCGUGUGCAGCUGAUCAAGAACGGCAAGAAGGUCACGGCUUUCGUCCCCAACGACGGUUGCCUGAACUUUGUCGACGAGAACGACGAAGUCCUGCUCGCCGGAUUCGGUCGCAAGGGCAAGGCCAAGGGUGAUAUCCCCGGUGUGCGCUUCAAGGUGGUCAAGGUGUCCGGCGUCGGCCUGUCGGCGCUGUGGAAGGAGAAGAAGGAGAAGCCCAGGUCGUAAGCGCCUCGACUACCGCAGUUGAGAGCAAGACGACGCGAACG